CUCCGUCGUCGCCGUCGUCUCCUUCCUCGUCCCGACCUCUCGAACUUCCCGGUUUCCGCCUCCAAUGCGCUCAUACUAGCAGCUUCGCAACAAAUUGUAUGGCCGCACCAUGGCAAUUGCUCCGGCCUGUCAAAAUCAUGGGCAACUCAAGCGUCCCGACGCUGGAACGAGAGUGCUCGAUCAUUACGCAAGCACCCUCCCGUUGUGGCGGUAUAAGCUGAGAGAGCGUCUCAUCCAUAUUGUCCGCUUAGAAACACCGUAUCUUGCAACGCUGCAAUCAUGCCUGCGCACGCCGCUGCUGGAUCAGUAUUUUGCCUUCACCGCAAACUUGGGUACCCACACUUUCUAUAUGAUCGCGUUGCCCUUUUGUUUUUGGUUCGGAUACACGAGCUUCGGUCUCGCGCUCGUCAACUUGUUGGCAUUUGGUGUUAUUCUUAGUGGGGUACUAAAGGACAUGUUGUGUUUGCCACGGCCACUGAGUCCUCCUCUCCAUCGCAUAACCAUGAGCGGCUCUGCUCAGCUCGAGUACGGUUUUCCCAGCACACACAGCACGAAUGCCACAAGUGUGGUCACCUACGUGCUUUGGCUCCUUAGAAACACAGAUAGCAUGGACGAAUGGGCCAAAUUCUGGGUGGAAGUGGGCUUCUAUGUGUACGGAGCAAGCAUCAUCUUUGGACGACUGUACUGCGGCAUGCACGGCUUUUUUGAUUGCAUUUUUGGCUCAUUGCUUGGCGCCAUCAUCGCCAGCGUGCAGAUAGCAUUUGGAGAUGCAUUCCACGAGUGGUUGUGGGCCGGCACCUACGUCAACCCUCUAAUCGCAGCGUUGGUUAUGUUGAUCAUUGUGCGGGCGCACCCAGAGCCGGCAGAUGAUUGUCCCUGCUUUGACGACAGCGUCUCGUUCUCUGGCGUUCUGAUCGGCGCCUGGGCGGCGCUGCACACAUUUCCGCGCACAACCUACUCUGUCAACUAUCCCGUCCCUGGAACGACACCAUAUUCUUACGAAGAAAUCGGAUUGGUCAAGAGCAUUCUACGCGUUGUUGUCGGCGUUAUCACCGUCUUCGUAUGGCGCGCCACUAUGAAGCCAUUCCUCUUCCGAGUGCUCCCCCCGAUAUUUCGUCUGAUUGAGAAGAUCGGAGCUGACUUGCCGCGCUCAUUUUUCCUCAAAGCAUCGCAGUACAAGCGAGUCCCUGACCUGAAAAGAGACGACAAUGUCAUUCCUUCGGCGCGAGACAUUCCUCAGAUCAUCGGGGACGUGCGCCAGCGACGCGGUCGUGCCGUGUCCGUAGGCCCGCAGUCUGCAGCAGACGCGUAUGAGCAGAUCGCGUACAGGCAGGAGCAACGGCGGCGCAGCUUGAGCAAGGAACCGGAACGGCCUCCUCUCCCGGAGAUUGUAGAGCACGAGAGUUCAGAGGACGAAAACCCGCGAAGUGGGAAGACAAACAACGACGAUCCAACUGGACAGCAGCUCAAGUCCAAACGCUCGGGCCAUCUAGAUGAAAGUGCAAAAUUCCAGACGACUGAUUCUAAGAAUCCCACAAGCUCUAAAACCAGGCCUUCUCCACUCAACUUCUCAGACCUUCCUACGCCCGUCGCCUCCCGCGUUCAAUCUCACACGCAUUUCCAUCACUCAAGCGAUCUCUCUGACCCGCUUCUUACUCCACCUAUGAGCUCUCUCGAUUCGGAGGCCAUUGGCGGCGUGUCUCCAAUUGCACGGCUACCCUCCCAUACUGAGGAGUUUCCCUUCUACGCGCUCGCCGAGAAGGAAUUCUUGGAGGAGCGUCGUAGGGAGGAGGAAGAAAUUUUCGGCAAAAUCGAACGAGUUAGAGUCAGGUACGAUGUCGAAGUUGUGACCAAGUUGGUCGUGUACGCAGGUAUUGCCUUCCUUGCGGUGCAAGGGUGCCCAGUUGGCUUUGAGAUCGUGGGCCUGGGGAUGCCUGGGUCUAGAGAGCGGUGAUGCAGAUAAUCCGAUUUUGUUGGUUAACUCGAAGACGAAGAAUUGGCAUCGUUUUUUUUUUUUUUUUCAAAAAAUUUUUUUCUCCAAGACCCCGUUCUUUGAGUUUUGGACUUGUAUUUGGCUCACGGUGUGAAGAGCUUGGUAUUUGGCGUUCAAAUCUUUGGUUCAAGGAUUCCAGUGCGCGUGGAAGAGCACUUGUCUGAAAAUAUAUGAUAUGGCUGUCAGGCUGGACGGGCACUCCGAGUAAAUGCCACCUACGAGUAUGAGUUUGGGAACGGAGGACAUGUGUUUUAUAAACUUGUAGGACCAAUGAGGGAAGCACUGCUUGUGUAUUGCAGACCGAUGUGCACUUGGACCUACAAGCCGUGUCUAACCAUUUUUGUCCAGCGUGAAAAUCUUGACCGACUGCACUUAUUACUUUUGUGUAACAAGAUACCUUUCUUUAUACAUACAUGAGUCGAUUCUAC